AUGUAUAUCAAACAGAUCAUCAUUCAAGGCUUUAAAAGCUACAAAGAUCAGACGGUUAUCGAACCGUUCUCCCCCAAGCACAAUGUCAUUGUAGGACGUAAUGGAUCCGGGAAGAGUAACUUCUUCGCCGCGAUUCGAUUCGUACUUAGCGACGCAUAUACUCAUAUGGGGAGGGAGGAACGGCAGGCGUUGCUACAUGUACGAAAACCCAAGCCCAUCCAAUUAAUUGUGGGUCGUUUAUCAACUGACAGCAUACAGGAGGGCUCUGGUUCUGCAGUAAUGUCGGCCUACGUCGAAAUCAUAUUCGACAACUCUGACGAACGAUUCCCUACUGGCAAGAAAGAACUAAUCCUACGCCGGACCAUUGGUACAAAGAAGGAUGAAUAUACUCUGGACCGCAAAAAUGCGACCAAAUCUGAUGUGAUGAACUUACUCGAAUCGGCCGGCUUCUCGCGAUCGAACCCUUACUACAUUGUUCCGCAGGGUCGCGUCACAACUCUGACAAACAUGAAAGACUCAGAGCGUUUAGUUCUUUUAAAGGAAGUGGCAGGUACGCAGGUAUAUGAGGCGCGUCGCGCAGAAUCAUUGAAGAUCAUGAAUGAAACGAACAAUAAGAGGGCGAAAAUCGACGAGUCACUCGACUAUAUAAACGAGCGGCUUGCAGAGCUAGAAGAAGAAAAAGAUGAACUAAAAAACUACCAAGAGAAAGAUAGAGAGCGUCGCUGUCUCGAAUAUACGAUUUAUUCGCGGGAGCAGGCUGAAAUUGCCUCCGCUCUCGAGAACAUUGAAGGCCAACGACAAACAGGAGUUGAGGAUACAGAUGCAAAUCGCAACCGAUUUAUUCAGAGCGAAAAUGACAUCGCACAGAUAGACGCGGAAAUUUCAGAGUUGAAACAGGCAGUAGAACUUCUCAAAGUGGAAAAGACGCAAAUAGAGGAGGAUCGCCGCGACGUAUCGCGAGUACUGGCACAGGCUGAACUGCGGGCGAAAUCCCUUUCCGAGGGACAAUCAGCUGCACAGCGAGCUAAAGCCCGUCAUGAUGCGAAUUUGAAGACGGUGCAAACAGCGAUCAAGGAACGCGAAAAGGAGCUCAGCAAGCUCCUUCCAGAGUUUGAGGCGAAGCAGAAGCAAGAAGAAGAGGUGAAAGCGAAGUUGGACGAAGCAGAAACGGCGAGACAGCGUCUGUACGCAAAACAAGGGCGCAAUUCCAAAUUCAGAAAUAAAUCGGAACGAGAUAAAUGGCUUCAACGGGAAAUCCAAGACACCUAUACGUCACUUUCAACAGUCAAGGCUGUAAGGAUGCAAACGGAAGAAGAAAUCAAGCAACUCGUAAAUGAUAUUGCUCUCCUCGAGCCCGAGAUCGAAAAGUUGCGUAAGCAACUCGAUGGUAGAGGCAAUGCUUUACAGUCGAUGGAGCAAGAGGUCCAGGGUGCAAAGGAUGAAAGAGAUCGACUAAUGGACCAGAGAAAGGAACUGUGGAGAGAAGAAGCACGUCUCGAUUCCAUCAUAUCCAAUGCCUCUCAGGAACUAGACCGUGCAGAGAGGAACGUAUCUCAUAUGAUGGAUCAUAAUACAAGCCGGGGCCUUGCCGCUGUCCGCCGGAUUAAAAGACAACUUAGCCUUGAAGGUGCAUACGGGACUGUUGCUGAGCUUCUUGACGUCAAUGAAAGGUACCGCACUGCUGUCGAAGUAACCGCCGGUCAGAGCCUUUUUCAUUAUGUUGUCGACACAGACGAAACUGCAACGAAGGUAUUGGAGGUGCUACAAAAAGAAAAGUUGGGACGAGUCACAUUUAUGCCACUGAAUCGACUGAAACCCAAACCCGCAAAUGUACCACGUGCCAGCGACACCAUCCCGAUUAUCGAAAAGUUGGUGUACGAUAAAACAUUCGAAAAGGCAUUCCAGCAAAUUUUUGGCAAGACUAUCAUUUGUCCCAAUCUUCAAGUCGCCGCACAAUAUGCUCGGAGUCAUGGCGUCAAUGCCAUCACUCCGGAAGGCGAUCGGUCGGACAAACGAGGGGCAUUGACUGGCGGUUUCCACGACUCUCGCCAAUCUCGCCUUGAAGGUCUGAAGGUUGUUACCAAAUGGCGAGAUGAGGUCGAAUCCAAGCGGAACCGGGGUGUCGAGAUCAGAAGGGAGCUCGAAAAAAUGGAUCAAUUGAUUACUAGAGCUGUAGGGGAGCUGCAAAAGCUCGAACAGAGGAGACAACAGUUGCAAAGCAGCAACAUCCCACUACGUCAAGAGAUUAAGAGCAAGCGUGACAUGCAUCAGAACAAGAUGGAUACUCUGGAAGCAAAACAACGUGCCCUCCGAAACAUGGAGGCUAAUGUUAAAACAUUGAGUGAUCAAAUAACUGCCCACGAAGAAGAACUAUCGACACAUUUUGAGAAAGCCCUCACAAAUGCGGAAGAGGCGAGACUUGAAUCCCUCAAUUCGACUGUCCAAGAACUAAGAAGUCAACAUUCAGAGCUAUCCAGUAGCCGCAGCGAACUUGAAACCAGCAAAUCUGUCAUUGAAGUUGAGUUACGUGAAAACUUAAACCCGAAACUAGAUCAGUUGAUUGGCCACGAACUUGAAACUGGCGGUGAUAGCACACAUGGGAAUCUCAAGGAGAGCCAACGGGAAAUUGAUCGUCAUAGAAAAUUUCUAGACUCACUCGAUCUCCGUCUCGAGAAACUGGAGGAAUCCAUGGAAUCAGGAUUGGCCGAUCUGUCUAAGCUAGAACAACGCAAGGCUGAUAUCAAACGAGAACUAGAAGACCUAGCUAGGUCUAUGGAAAAGCAUCAACGACGCAUGGAAAAAAGUAUGCAGAAGAAAGCUGCGUUGACAAAGCAAGCAGCCGAAUGUAGUGCAAACAUUCGCGAUCUUGGCGUCCUCCCUGACGAUGCUUUUACAAAAUUCAAGAACACAGACUCCAAUACAGUGGUCAAACGCCUGCACAAAGUCAAUGAAGCGCUGAAGAAGUAUUCGCAUGUCAACAAACAAGCCUUUGAACAGUAUAACGGUUUCACGAAACAGCGAGAAACAUUGACAAAACGACGAGAAGAACUUGACUCUUCCCAAAAAUCAAUUGAAGAGCUGAUUACAGUUCUGGAUCAUCGCAAGGACGCAGCCAUCGAACUGACCUUCAAGCAGGUAUCGCGUGAGUUUGCCCAGAUUUUCGAGAAACUAGUCCCAGCAGGCCGAGGUCGUUUGAUUAUCCAACGCAAGACGGAUCGUAGAAAUCAGCAAGAAGAUGAGCUGGAUUCCGAUGAAGAGGAAGCACGGAAUAGUGUGGAGAACUAUGUUGGCGUUGGCAUCAGUGUGAGCUUCAACAGCAAGCAUGACGACCAGCAGCGCAUCCAACAACUCAGUGGAGGACAAAAGAGUCUUUGCGCUUUGGCCCUUGUUUUUGCCAUCCAAGCUUGCGACCCAGCUCCCUUCUACCUCUUCGAUGAGAUCGACGCGAACCUUGAUGCGCAGUACCGGACUGCUGUGGCACAGAUGCUCAAGUCCAUCGCUGAAGAGACCAACGGCCAAUUUAUCUGCACGACAUUCCGACCGGAGAUGCUUCUCGUUGCAGAAAAGUGCUAUGGUGUCAGUUUCCGCCAUAAAGCUAGUUCCAUUGACGUAGUAUCGAGGGACGAGGCGCUAAAGUUUGUGGAGGAGCAAAAGUCAUAA